UCUAGUUCUAAAUGUUCCGAACAAUUCGGGUCGCCCGAACUAAUCAAAAUGUUUCUACUCCGAACUGCUCGAAUAAUUCGAGCAGAAAAAUUACUGUCAACGAGAAGCGCGAGAAACGGAUUUUGGAAAAUGAGUUGGGAUACGGACGAUAUUUACAGCAGCGAUGACGACAGACCCAAAACGCCGCAGGAGAGAGACUGUUGCGGAGGUGGUUGCUCACCAUGCAUUUUCGACAGUCAUAAAAUAGCGCUAGAAGAAUGGAGAAAUAGAAGAACAUACUCUACAAAAGCACAAAAUGCAGGAGACAAAACACAGAAAAACCUGCUAUCACCAGCGUCUUACACAAAAUUUAUUAUUACAAACAGAACUGACGCAGCGGAAGAUUACUUUCGAUUACAAUUGGAACAUAAAGAUCAUAAGACAGGCAAUAAUAAUCUCCAUUUUGUGCCAGGACAGUUUGUUAUUUUAAAUUCUGAUUCCAAAUCCAGACCUUACACAGCGUUGACUUGGACAGACAAGAGUUUUGACAUACUGGUGAGAUGGUACAAAGAUGGUGAAUUUAGUACGCUUUUAAAAACUAUAUCUCUGGGCAGUGCAAUUAAUGUUAGAGGUCCGUACGGAAAGUUUAAAUAUCAAAGAAACAGUUUUCAGGAUAUUGUCAUGUUCGGCAUCGGCUCAGGCAUAGCACCGUUUUAUCCUAUUGUAAGAACGAUCGUCAGUGAUUCAAACGAAGAGACGAGAAUACAUCUUAUUGCGGGAUUUCAAACGGUAGCGCACGUGCCCUUGAAAAAAGAAUUGCAAAAGUUAACAGAUUUUUGGAAUUUCAAAUGCACGUUGUACUUGUCUGACGAAACAAAUGAAAAGACAAUUCAUAUUCAUGGUUUUGAUGUAAAAAUUGGUCUAUUGACCAAAUUACUUACUGCCACUCACCUUCAAUCUAAGGAUAGAGAAAAAACACUAGUUUUAAUAUGCGGAAGUCCAGAGUUCAAUAACGUUAUGAAACAAUGGGUUCAGGAAGUUAAUUAUACAAAUAUGCAUGUAUUUUAACGAAACAUAGAUUGUCUACAAAUUUAGUAAAAUAUAAAAACAAUAUUUAUUUCAAUAAAAAAAAAA